ACUGUCGCUUGUUGUUUGUUUAUAUUUGAAUGUUGGUGUCACUGUGGUAUACUUGCACGAUCAAAAUAUGGGUUAUGCAGUACACAAAUGUGUUCCACAGAUUUUUUAUUUGUAGGGAACUUUGGAAAAUCGGCAUAAACUUAUCUUUACAUAGAGCACUGCUGGGUCAUCAUGUCGCUCAACAAGUUUAUGCAUCCCAGAAAUAUCUACAAAAAUCCUCCAAAUUUUAAAGAGCUGGCGAUAUUAUAUCCAGAUUUUCGGAAACAUGCGAAGCAGGAUGUCGCAGGAAAAGUUUCAAUUAACUUCCAAGACCAUGAAGCUCUUCGUGCACUUACAACGGCGUUGUUAAAGAAAGAUUUUGGGCUGAAAGUGAAGAUUCCAAGUGGUCGCCUUGUGCCAACAUUACCACUUCGCCUUAACUAUUUACUAUGGAUUGAAGAUUUGUUAGCACUCUGUGAUGGAAACCAAGAGAAGUCAGUUUGUGGCAUAGACAUAGGCACUGGAGCAUCAUGUAUUUAUCCCCUCUUAGCUGCAAAAAAGAAUGGUUGGCAUAUGAUUGCAUCAGAGACGGAUCACGAGAGUGCAAAUGCAGCCAAAAUUAAUGUGGAAAACAACAAUCUUCAGGAACUGAUAAAAGUACAGCUGGUUGACCAAGGUAAAAUACUCACACCGCUUGUGGAAAAGGAAGAAAAAUAUGAUUUCUGUAUGUGCAACCCUCCAUUCUUCAAGAAUGAAGACCAACUUGAUCAGAAGAAAAAGUCACGAACUGCUGAGCGCCCACCUCCACGUAAUGCCUGGACAGGAUCUAUUGAUGAGGUGGUUACUCCUGGUGGUGAAAUAGGUCUCAUUAGUAAGAUUGUGGAGGAGAGUCUACAGCUCAGGAACAGCAUCAGGAUAUACACCACCAUGGUUGGAGUUAAAUCUGAUCUUCAACCUUUGAAAGAAGAAUUGCUCAGACAUGGUAUAACAAAUGCAGCUACCACUGAAUUUUGCCAAGGGCGUACAACCCGCUGGGGUUUAGCUUGGAGCUUUAAUGAUCAACCAAAUCUCAUGGAGGCAUGUGGGAAACACAGCCAUAAGAAGAUAAAGCCCAUGUCCUAUGUUGUGCCAUGCACAAAUAAACCCAAUGGCUACACUGUAGAUUGUAUUUGUGAGAAAGUAAAGGAGCUACUUGGCAGACUACAGCAACAUUAUAUGUCGUACCACACGAAAGACUAUGGAAGUGGAAAAUGUGAUGGACCAGAUCGUGCACAGGAAGUUAUUAAACUUAAAAGGAUGCUAUCCGAAGAAGAUUUGGACGACGAAGAAAAAUCAACUGAGGCAGCUCUCAGAGUAAAAUGCAAAGAACUCAAGCAUUCAUUAAAUGCAAAGGUUAUGACAGUAUCUGCAGCACAGAAUACAUGGACACACCAGAGAAGGCAGCGGAGGAAACUGCAGAAGAACCUGAAGAUGAAUCCUGAUGGUACAGAAAGAGAAAGUGAUGAAAUUGUGUCACCUGCAGUUGAAACUUCUUCAGAAAUGCCGUUGCAUGAUACAAAAUCAACAACUGAGUCUAACAUUGGUGGCACUAUGAAACUGUCAGAUGAAACAAAAGAGGUAUCCCUAGGCAGAGUGGGCAGUUAUGUGCAGUCGGAGGCAAAGAUGCAGUUUCAGUCUAAGAGAAGAGAAGUGGAAGAGCACAGUGCAGACCUAGAACCAUCUGUUAAGAAAAUCAAAACUGAGAAACUAUUGGAUGAUGCAAUGGAGAAAGAUAAAAAUGCAGUAACACAGAGUGACAAAAAUGCUGAUACAUCAAAAGUUUCACCUGUUUUAAAUGCUACACUAAUUGUGAGAAAAGAAACAGAUAAAAUUCUGAUUGAAAUGACCUAUAUUGAUGGGAGUAGUGGGAAAGAUGGUGUGCAUCAAGUAUUACAGUACAUCAGAAACAACUUGAAGUAAUUUGUAUCCCCAUCAUUCAUUGUGCAACAUCCCAUCAUCUUUUUAAUUAAAUUGUUUCCAUGAAUAACAUUGUGUUAUUUAAACAUGUGGAACAGCUAUUCUGAAACUUUACAUUGCUAAUGCCAGACAAGCAAUUGUAUAUAUGGACUGUUGUUACCAUAUAAUAAAACUAAAAAUAUUAUCAGAGCAAUAGUAA